CACGGAAUUGGAACGGUGCAGCUGUUUCCUCUCGUGACUCAUGUACAUCCUUUUUUUUUUUUUUUCAAUGCAUUUCCUCGUUCAUCCUCUACCGUUGCGGCAUAACAAUUUCCGUAGGCGUACCACCGCCCCUGCUAGAUUAACGCUCACAUGUGGUUCUGACUCACGCACGCCCGUUCCAGUAAAUUUGGCUCGCUCAUCCCCUACUUUAGCGCCAUAUCUGUUAACUUCGCCAGACUGCCACCCUUCUUGUAUGAGUAUAGGCUCUAUACGUGAUCGCUUGCACCUACGUAUACCACGGUGCACACAGCGCUGUUAUAGCGGGUGGUGUGCGAUUGUUAGCCGGCGCAUACCGAGAAUUUACGAUUGCUGUUGCUUGAUCUCGACGAGCGAGAGAGGCCAGCACCUUCAGCACGUGCUGCACGACGACCGGACGACUGAUUGCGUUCGGUGCCCCUUGGCUAGUGCACAAUUCUGUUGCAUGCCGCUGCUCGUUCGCUCUGGGCUGAAGUUUAACACCCGCGCAGGUAACGCUUAUACCCUGCCUUAGAUUGCAUAUGGAAAGUCAGUUUAGGACUUCACGCAGAGGAGACAAGUUUCGGCACCCCGUGUAACGAGCCCCCGCAGCGACUGCGUCGACACGGCCUCACGGGCCCGCUCUCUUGGGAAAACCCGGCCGAACCGAAGUUUUCAAGACAACCUCUCAAGUUCUGAGUUGCAUAUACUGUUGGAAAUCGAAAAUGGCCGUCGUCGACGUGCGUCCACCCAAUGGCCCGCUCUACCAGGACAUGGACGGGAUUCUGCGACUCUGCCGCAACUUCGGAGUGGACACGCUGCGCUCCGCGCUCAAUUAUAAGCCGCAGCCAGACGACAAGUUCGUCGUCACGUAUCCAAAGUGCGGAACAACGUGGACGCAGCACAUUGGCUUCUUGAUCUUCAACAAAGGCGUUCCCCCGUCCAGUGGCCUGGAGUUCUUCAAUAGAAGCCCCUUUAUCGAGAUGCUCGGCGCCGACAGCGUGCGUGACAUGACACGUCCCGGAGUGAUCAAGACUCACCUCCCUUACCACCUCAUGCCCAUGCAUCCGCAGGCCAAGUACCUCUACGUCUGCCGCAAUCCUAAGGACACUUGCGUGUCCCUGUUCUACCACACACGGGGUUUCACCGGAUACGACUUCGCCGACGGCAAGUUCGACGACUUCUUCGAGAUCUUCGUCUCCGGCGAAACCGACUACGGGGACUACUUCGACCACGUUCAACGUUGGUACGAGCACCGCAACGACCCGAACGUCCUCUUCCUGCAUUACGAAGACAUGAAAGCACAGCCGCGAGAAAGCGUGCUCAAGAUUGCCGAGUUCUUCGACGAGACCUACCACAAGUUGCUGCUGGACAAUGAGGACAUCCUUCAGAACGUGAUCAAAUACAGCGACGUCAAAUCCAUGAAAGACUACGCCUUGCAGAACUUCACCAAUUUCUUCACCAAGCAAAUAGAGGGGGAAGCGCCCGAGGGUCUCAAGGUCUUCCACGAAGCUUCGCAGAAGAAUCCUUCCACUGCUAGCUUCAUUCGUAAGGGCAUCGUCGGAGACUGGAAGAACCAUUUCUCGACUGAGCAGAAUGCCAUAUUAGAGAAGAAGAUUCUGGUGCGACUAUCCAAUACUGACUUGGUGGACACCUGGCGACAGCACGGUGUUAUGUAGCACUUUCACGAAAACCAGACAACUGUCAUAAAUUAUAGCUGCAUUCCAAA